UAAAAAACUUUUUUUAUACCAUAGGAAUUUAUUGAAUUUCUGAUGAUGUAAUAAUAUGGGUGGCAUGUUUAAUAUAGAAAUAGGAUGUAACGGUUUAACUGUUUUAUUGUAUGUUUAGCCUCAAUUUGGAUUUGUUACAGAUCUUGUCAUUGACUAUCAAGGGCUUCUCCACGGUAACAGGGAUUAAUCUGGAAUUCUGAAAUACCAAAGAGAACUUUCGGAAAGAUCAGGUAAAUAGAAAUCUCAAGAACAUUUAGAAGGAAAAGAAAUCACAAAUUUACUAGGACAAUUAAAUGGAUAAUUAAAUACGACUUUUGUUAAAAUUGGUUUUUAAAUCGCUUUUUGAAAACUACAAACUACAAUACCCAAUAAACUGGCGUAGGAAAAGAACCGUUAUAAAAGCAGAUCAAUGAAAUAAUAUAGUGCGAACAAUACAUAAAUGAAGUGAAAAUCGAUGAAGUGCUAUCUAUAUAAUAACAUGUGCGCUGUGUAAUCAUUGUGAUUAUGAACAGAUACUCAAAGUUUAAGUUUAGCUUUUAAAUGCCUAUAUAUAAAUAAUAUUCGUGACCAAGUUUCUGAAAUCCAGAAAAACAGCCGUAUUAUUCAGUCUUGGACAACUUAUUUGUGAAGAUCGAUGUAAAGAUGUUUUAUCUGGUCUUAUUAUUCUCUGCAUGAACUUUUUCCUGACAUUGUAUUUACGAGAUAUUUUACUACGAGGACCCAAUCCGUUUCCUGGAGCACCAAGACAGACAAACAUAUUGCUCAUUUAAGAUUGAUUCGAUUGUAAUUAGAAUAAACUGACAAACUUUUUAAAGUCUGCAAGUGUCUCUAACGAGCUGCCGUCUUGUGGUUGAGGACACGAGAACUGUCAUUAGAAUGAUGAAGAGUAUAGACAAUCGUUCAUCCUAGAGGAACGCGCCGUACAGAGACCCCAGGAUGACAUAUUUGUGUUUAUGCCCUAUAAAAAGGUUGCCAUGUCUUCUACCGAAGUAAAAAUCACUUCGACCUAGACAAAGUAUUAUUUCAAGUGUUCGCAGGAAGCUUGAGGCUACAGCACAGCAGAAAAAAAUUAAAGACUACUUCAUAAUCAAUAGAGUGGUCUAGGCAAAGAUUAAAAAAAAUAAAAACAGUUCUAUAUAGGCAGUAAAGAAUUAAGAGUGCGCUAGAAUUAUGCUUGAACACUUGUCUAUGGUUUUGUUUAACUAUCGUUAUCAAUGAAGAAGAUGUGUUCCAUGGAUUUUCUAGGAGUUACAUCAUACCUGUUACUUCUAUUUUUACAAACUGUUUAUACCUCAAACGCUGCAGGUGGAACUUGUUGGAUGUCCAUCAAUAGACAUGGAUUGUGUCGUAAUGUAUAUGGCUUAAAUAUGACAAGAGAGGAGUGCUGUGCUAGUGGAAUAGCAACCAUGUCGUGGAAUCCGUAUCCUAAUCCUUCUAGAAGUACACUCUUUAUAUGGGCCAUAUUGUCAGGAGGUGCGCCCAAUUGUUCUCCUUGCCACACUAGCUGUGUUAAUGUAAGAUGUGAACAGAACCGGGAGUGCAGAGUACGGCGUGGUUAUCCAAAGUGUGUGUGCGUUCCUGAUUGUCCCAGGGAAGUAAAAUUACAAGGUCUGGUGUGUGGGUCCAAUGGUGUGACGUAUAGGAACAACUGCAGUUUGCAAAGAUACAACUGUCGGUUUAAUUCAAGAAUACCUGCUGUCUACUCUGGUCGUUGUAAGGCGUCAUGUCAUAACGUGACAUGUAAUAAUGGUUUGUCAUGUUUAGAGGACCAGAAUGGAAUACCUCACUGUGUAAAUAGUUUUUCAGUCUGUAGUAAUAGAACUAGAGAACAACAAGCUGUUUGUGGUGAAGACGGUAUCACAUAUCCUAGUUUGUGUCAUAUAGUAUUAGCCACAUUUAGAAAACAGAGUUCAAUACGUGUAGCGUACAGACGACCAUGUAUAGAAAAUGCUACAUGCAGUACUUUGCAGUGUCCCAAUAACGGAACGUGUUUAACUGAUACUGCCACUGGUUUUCCACAGUGUGCUAAUUGUAGAGAUCAUUGUUACCCCACAUUACCAAAUUUAAAUGUAUGUGGUACGGAUGGUGUGACGUAUCGAAAUUAUUGCACCAUGCAACAAGAAGCGUGUAGAACGAAAACAGUAAUUAAAACGAGGAAUUCUGGAAUUUGUCAUGAUAAAAUAAGAUUUACUAAGAAGAAUAAAAAGUGUCGUAAACAUCGACGUCAUAAAAAUAUGACCGGUUUAAGCUUUCUCUGUGCCUCAAGAAAGUUCAGCAGACGACAUAGGCCUAACUCUAUUGGAUGAUUACUACGAAUUUAGAGAUAACAUAGAGGAGAGCAUGUAUUCUUAAAAUGUUCAUACUCUGUUAAUGCGUUUAAAGCUGAAUUUCUUUGACGGCUAUCAAACGACACUGAAAACGGAAUACGGCUUCAUCUUUGUCGGGCGUCUAAUGUCAGAGGGGUCUUGAAUUAAAUUACGAGCAAGAACAUUUCUAUUUUCUAUUAUUUUAAAAACUGGUAGGUCCGAUAGCCGAUGCUUUGAACUUACGUCAUAAAAAUGGGAUCGAGUUUGUUAGAUAAAUAGUAUGUCCAGACCUCUUGCGUAAUUCGAAAAUACGACUAUAUGACACCCUAAGUUAUAUUUGCCAAUCAGUAGACGAUAAAUGUUUGAAGUAUACGUUUGUCAGGUCAACCAGAAAUGGGCGUUGCUAGUCCUGGAAUUCAGCUUUAAUAGGAUUAUUCUUGCCAAGAUGGAAUGAAUUUUAAAAUGGUACAUUUAUAUGACAUUGUAUUCUAAAGGACGUGUGACGGGUAUAUUGUCAGUGCCAUGUGAUUAGAAUAUGAUAUUUGGAGUCUAGAAUAUUUCUGGGAUAUGAGGUUGUGAAAUUUGUGUAAAUAAAUAUAAAUAUUCACGCAAGAAGACAAAAAGGUGUUUUAUUAAAACGGGUAAGAUAUCGAUCGAAUUAAUUCGUGUAAUCGUGUUUCGCCUUACAAACAAUCUCUGUCGACCUAUGCACCCGUUUUAAAAUGCUUUGUUCGACAUAAUUGAAGGUUACCAAUUAAGAAGAGAGCUGUCAUCGGAAAAAGGCGGAUUCGGGUGAAAGACAGAUCAUGUGCAUAAUAUACAUUCAUGGCCUCUUUUGUAGUUAUUAUUCCACUUAUAAUUGGUUGUGCAUUAUACAUUUGAUAACAUUUUAUUAUAAUUAUUGUACCGCAUGAAAUCCCAUAUUUGUAUAUUGAUUUUAUAUACAUGUAAAUGUUUUGUUUUAUGAAACAUUAUGUUAUGUGGACCUAUAACUUAUGUCCUCUUAUCGUGUUCAACAACGGUAUGAUUCUUUUAGCCAUAAUUGGCAUAUAUUCCUUCUUGUAUUUUCUCAAUCUAAUCUAAAUAUUUUGUUAUUUAAAGAUACAUUAUGUAAGAUUUAGAUACAGAGCCGAAAGUUCUUGCCAUACUAGUCAAACAUAGCUAAUUAAAAAUGAAUAUAUUGAAAAUUUCAGUCAAAUUAGUUUAUUCUAAACGAAGUUAAAAUAAGUGUCUCAAUUGUCAACUAUGCCUACCAUUGUUACAAUAAUAAAUAAAUUCUUGAUUAUCCAUUAUUAUUAAAUGGCUGUUGUGCUUUAAUCCAUUCAAAAUCAGGGUCAUCUGAUGCUUUAGAGAGUUCAAUAUGGGCUUGUGAUGUGAAUAAGUGCCUAAUUAAUAAUUCUUAUAAUAUUUGAAACCAAAAAGAAGACCUACAAUAAGCCGAUUUAGCUCUUACAUAAUGCAUCUUUAAGCGGCACACAUAAGGCAAGUUUGAAAGCGGCUGAUAGGAGUAUGCAACUCCCAAAAUAGUGAUGCCGAGUUAAAUAUCUAUUGCUCAUCACUUUGAUUUAAAAUACAGUUGAUAACUCUAGUUUUCUGGAGAUAUUCUCGUCUAACUUUGGCAGUCGUAAUCAAGCGGGACUUACCAAAAGGGUAACGACCGCACGCAACCUUAAUUCCUGUCGUAUAUAGAUAUGUGAGUUUGUUUUCUUGGUGGCCAGUGUUUGAUUCCGGUUUUGGCUACAAAAUAUUCCUCUUGAUUUUCCAACGCUGUUUCCAUUGGUCAGUAGUACGGAAAAGGGUGUGUCUAGUCAUCGGAUGGUACGACAAAUCGAAAUGCCCACGGAAGUUGGCAUCCACGGAAAAGAACCCUUGACAGUUGGAAUUGGAUGAAGAGUAGGCGGAAACGCCGUGACCGAGCAAAUUUUCUCUCAUAACACGUCUUCAUUAGACGUGCAGAACCGCAGGACUUGGAACGCAUUUCAUUUUUUUCAUGAUGUUUGCAUAUUCGCUAUUCGCUUUUUUGCAGUUCGGGUAGUCAAACACCUAUACUAUAGUUUCAAAUACGACCCUUUAGUCACGUUGCCUCGUGUGAGUCGAAACUCUAUUUUUGCACAUAAUCAUUUUAUUUUUAUCGAAACACACAGUGUCAUAUUUGUGUCGAUUGUCUACUCUUUUAUCCUUAAUAAAAUAGAUUUAUUAUAGAC